AUGAAAGUCAAGGUUAUUCGAAAAGAUGUAAUUUCUGAUUGUCGACAAAGAGGAAUAAUCUGUAAAGAUGAUAAUUUAAACCCGCCUGAAAUAUUUAAAUCUAUCUGUAACACAGUCAUAAACCAUACAGACCUAACGAAACAUGAAAAACAAUAUCUAAUAAAUGAACUAAUAAAAAUCAGAGAUGCGCAAAAUAUAAUUGGUGAUAUUGGAGAAAGAAGAACAUGUGCAUAUUGUAAUAAUCAAGUUAUCGCAAUUACAUAUUGUGAACGUUGUAUUAGAAAUUAUUUACAAAGAAAUUCUAAUAAAUGGACAACUGGAAAUAUUAAACUUGAUGAAUUAAUACAAGAAUGUCAAAUUAAUUCCGUAUCUCCUUCAGAUAUAUUUGAAUGGAUACCAUUUGAAAGUUUUAAAAAUGUUGAAUUUAAGGAAGAAGGAAGCUUUUCUUCAUUAUAUGUCGCAAUAUGGGAAAAUGGUCCAUUUACAGAAUGGGAUGCUGAAAAUCAAGAAUUAAAGAGAUGUGGUGAAGGAUCUUACAUCCUCAGAAAUUUAAAGAACUCUGGGAUUGCUGAUGAACUCUGUCUUACACUUGAAAAAUUUUCUCAAUCACUUAUAAAAUGUUAUGGACUAACUAGAAAUCCAGAAACUCAAGAUAUCAUGAUUGUUCUUGAACAUAUGGAUAAUAACUUGAAUGAUUUUCUCGCAAAAACUGAAUUAACCUGGAAAAUUAAAUUUAGAAUAGUACGAAAUAUUUCAAAUGGAAUUAGAAAAAUACAUAAUCAAAAAGCAAUCCAUAAAAAUUUACAUUCUAGAAAUGUUCUUGUUGAUGAAUCUAAACCUCAUUGCGUAGUUAGUGAUUUCGAGAACCUACUUAAAGAAAUAUACGAAAAUGAUGGCAUUAUUAAAAAAUUAAAACUUAUUCCAUUUAAAAUAUCUAGAAAAAAGAAAUUACUAAAUUGGUUUAAAUUUAAGUGUCAAAGGAACAAAAAGUUAUCUACUACUAAAGAGUCUAAUAGCACUCCUUUAAUCGCCGAGCAAAUUAAAAGUUCACCUUUAAUUGUUGAAAAAGAUAAGAGUCCUCUUUUAAUUACUGACCAGGACGAGAGUCUACUCUUAGUUGAUAUACAAAAUAAAAGUCGUAUUUACCAAUUUAAUAAUCUACCACUACCAAAAAAUGCGGCUCAAGGUAAUUUAAGCCUUUGA